AUGCUACCAGCUGUAAAUGCCAGAAAGCUGCAGCAUCAAUCGCACUUCACCUGGCAAUCUCGCUACGCACCUCGAUGUUCUGGAGACGAGUUGCCACCAGCUAGCUGGCGUGAGAGGGCCUCAAAGCAUAGAGAACGGUGUCCAGUUUUGCAAGGACAUAGGCCACCAAGGCCCCCACAUGUGAAGUAUGUCCCCAAAGAACUUCCAACUGCAGAACAGGUGGACUUGGAGCCUCUUGACUUCUUACCAGCGCCCCCUGAGUCGCUAGAAGAUGAUGCCGAUGGAGACUGCUUUGGAGUUCUUUCGAGAGUAGAACUCUCGAGAUACAUUGCAAGACGAAGUGCAAUUCUAGUUCGCACUCAGCAAUCAGGUCAGGGUGCCAGUGUAGAAUCAGGGAGUGACAGGCUAGAAAUGUCAACUGAGUCCUUUUGCUUGAAAGAGGUUGACAUCCCAUGGAAAGUUAUCCUGGAUGCCCUGUCAUUUGAGAGAAUGCAAUUGCGGCGUGGCUUCUCAAAUCAAUGGCCAGACGCUCUGUGGUCCCCAGCCUGCUUAAAUCGUGAAGCAGUCACUGAACUGGAAUGCAAGCUCACCAAGUGCAUUAGAGAGAUAGAAGAAUUGGCGGAUGCACAGGAUUGUGUUAGAAGCUCGCUCCAAGCCAUGCCCCUUGGGGUCCUUUUGAGACACUUGCUUUGUGAUGCCCGCAUUGCAGUCGGAGAUUUGUCCUGCGCUGCCAAAGCAUUGUGGGGUGCAGUCACACCGGAAGCUGGAGCAGAUCCACUACAGCCUCCUUUGCUAAUUGUAUGGGAGAAUUGCCUCAAUUGCAACUACUUGAAAGCCCAACAAUGUCUCCGCUUUGGACGACUGGCGAUUCUAGCAGCGGCUCAAAGUCUGGUUGCUGCUCAGGUAGCCAAAGUUGAAGCCUACACGGAGGAGCUCCGACAUAGACGAGAAGCCCAACAUGUUGACCGAGCCAGAAGAGCACUACGCUCGAUGCUGCAGACUUUGCUCAAUCCAUUUUUGACGAUGCGCGACACUUUGACAUGCUUCAGCUGUGGGACAGCUAUCAGGUCUACGUGGGAAGCAAUGGACCUGCGAUUUGCAAGCGCGGAGAACGAAGCUGCGUUCCAAAGUAGAAUGCAGUCCCAUCCACUUCAUCCACCUUUCUUGGCCUCCUUUGUAGGCGUGGUGCACGUGGCCUUACAGCUGUCCCUGAUGGCAAUGUUUCUCUUCAGUGAUGAGGCAACGCUCUGCGGAGAAAAUGUUCCCGGCACCUAUUUCUUGUUGCAGGGCGUUGGAGUGGUGUUCAUGGGCGCCAUUAGUGUCGCAAGCCUACUCAAAGAGAUCAGGAGGUGCUCUCUGUCUUUGGAAAUAUUGUGGGUGGGCGCACUUUUUGGAAAUAUCGUCGCUGGAUUCUUUCAGACUCGGCAAGGGCUGUUUUGGCUUGGAACCAGGAUUGUCCCUGCUUGCAUGGACACCUGGAGAGACUUAGAAAUCUCCGCUGUUCUUUUGACGGUAUUUGUUUCGAUUGGUUGCCAUGUCUUGCCGAUACGAUGCUAUUACCUGUGGCCAUUGGUGGGAUUGGCCAUGGGAUCUUGUUUUAUCCAGGCCAUUGGCGCAGCAUGCAGAGCUUCAGAGUACGAAGGACUCGCAACUGCAUCUAAGCUGCUGAAUGGUCUGCUAGUAUUCUUUCUUUUGAGCUCAUCAUAUGGUGCAGCUCACUGCACGGAAAGGAGACGACGCGAAGAAUGGCUGAAACUCGCCACCCAGGAACAGAUUUUGGUGGAGGCCUUGGCCAAGAAGGAACUCUCCAAGGUUGCCUUGGCUCGGGACUUGAAGAUCUUCAGGGUCUACGGCUGUUGCUUGGUCUUUGGCCUUCUUGAGGACCUUCGAGUCAGCAUUGGCUCGUGCCGCAGUGCGCAGAUGGUUUUUGGCAAAAAUGUGGCUGGGCACAGCUUCCUUUCACUCAUCGCCGAGGAAGACAGGGAGAAGUUCUCUGCACUUUGCCAACGAUCUGAUGGUUCCAAGAUUCCUCGAAGUAUGGCACUGAAACUGAUCGUUCAGGAUGUACCAACAACUGUACGAGUACUGGUGGUGCAUCAUGGGCACGCAGGCAAAGACUUUCUGGUGGGAAUCAGGAUGGAUCUUGCUGGCUGGAUGGAGGAUCCAGAGAAGUCACUCAAGCCACUUGAGAGACGAGAGGAUCUAUCCGUCCAACCAGUCAUCCCGUCUCCUCACAAGCCGGAGCCUCCAGAAAUCGAUUUGGCAGUACACGGUCAACUUGGCCCAACGCUACAGAGCCCCAGGAACACAAACUAUUCUGGCUUCAGCAGCGAUGACAAUGUGAGCGAUGCUGGCCUUUCCUACACAGAAUCUCGUGACGAGAACUCAGGCUUCAGUAGCGUCUUGUUGGGCAUAGAUGAGAAGACGCAGACUGAUGCAUGGUUGGGUCAGACUGACCACUGUGUGGAGACCGAGACUUGGGAUGGCUUCCGGUGCAAGUGCGGCAAUCACCCAGAGCAGCCAUUGACUGAACAGCAAAGAGCAAUGAUCGCUUGCCGUGACUUGCGACCAAAAAGGCACCGACGCAAGAGCGCGUCCUCCCUCGAGUCGCUAUCAGGGACAUGGGCCCUGGAGUCGCAAUUCAUUGGCAUUGCUCAGACUUUCAUGCAUCGUUUGACAAUUGUGGGAGCAGGAGCAGGCCUGGAACGUUUACUGAAAGCUGUCAAUUUCAACAUCGUAGACAGACUGAAGGAGCUGGAAUCCUCCAGCGAAGAGGAGGAGGAGGGGGAGGAGGAGGAGGAGCAGGCAAAGCUGCGGAUACAAUAA